UAGACUGCACCGAGUGCCCGAGAGAGAACUUAUCUUACUCACCUGUCCUCCAGGUGUGGCUCGGGGAGCUGCCGGGUCUCCCCGCCUCCUUCGGUGCCUUGGGGUCCCCAAAGACGCCACCAUGAGCAAGUUGGGCAAGUUUUUCAAAGGGGGAAACUCCUCCAAGGCCAAGGCCUCUCCCAGCCCCCAGGAGGCCUUGGCCCGGCUCCGGGAGACGGAGGAAAUGCUGGGCAAGAAACAAGAGUACUUGGAAGCCAGGAUCCAGAGGGAACUCUCCCUGGCCAAGAAGCACGGGACGCACAAUAAGCGAGCGGCAUUACAGGCACUAAAGAGGAAGAAGAGGUUUGAGAAACAGUUAACUCAGAUUGAUGGCACACUUUCCACCAUUGAGUUCCAGAGAGAAGCCCUGGAAAAUUCCCAUACCAACACAGAGGUGUUAAGGAACAUGGGCUUUGCUGCAAAAGCUAUGAAAGCAGUUCAUGAAAAUAUGGACAUCAACAAAAUAGAUGAUCUGAUGCAAGAGAUUACAGAACAGCAAGACAUCGCCCAGGAAAUCUCGGAAGCAUUUUCUCAGCGAGUUGGAUUUGCUGAUGACUUUGAUGAGGAUGAAUUGAUGGCAGAACUUGAAGAAUUGGAGCAGGAGGAAUUAAAUAAGAAGAUGAAAAAUGUCAGACUUCCAAAUGUACCCUCUUCCUCAUUGCCAGCCCACCCUGGGAGGCUUCCAAGUGUACCAGCCUCCUCACAUCGAUCCCGAGCAGCAUCUUCCAGGAGGAGAGAAGAUGAAGAUGACAUAAAACACCUGGCAGCUUGGGCGUCUUAAGGCCAAACUACAAUUAUUAUAAGCCUAAAACUAUGGGACGUGUAUGGAAUGUUUUGAGUAGAGUUCAUUAAUAUAAAAAAAACUUACUGAGGGCCCGUUUGGGAAAUAAAAAAUUAGGUAGAUUGCCUUUCAUUGUUUUAGGCCAUACUUGAUUAAAAUUCUGUUCAAGAACCUCUGACAUGCAGUAAUCCACAUACUUCAAUCGAGGAGUGGAAAUAUUAUAAGUCAUUUAAGAGUUUGCAAAUGCUUUAAGAGUAGUGGGGUCAGGACUGCCAGGUAAAUUAUUGCAUUUCCCACUAUUCUGUUUGUGUAUAGACAUGGGCAUAGGUGUGUGACACCUGUCAGCACACACAUAUGUAUGUAUUUGAGGAGUCUGCUAAAAGAGGUCUGGAGCGUGGUAAUCAUUAAAAGCAUUAGUGUGUACAUCCUAGAUGUGAUUCCAAUACAGUCUGUACAUACACUAAUUGUGCUUGAGUUUUUCAGUUUAGAAACUUGAAAGACUCUUUAAAUUUUAAUAUCAUUUCAGUUUGAAAUUAGGCAACAGAUACAUUUGCAGUGGUUGAGAUCAUUAAUAGUGAAUGCUACUAGGCCAGGUUCUCGUGGGUGUGAUUUAGGUACUUGGGGAGCUGCAUUAAUGUUGGCCAUCCAUUUGGGCACCAUUAAUGUUUCAGUGUACUCAGUUUAGUGAUUCUCAUUCUCUCCUAUUUGAUACAUGCUUGUAAAUUUGUUUCAGGUUUACUCAAUAGUCCUUGUAAAUAUGUGAAAGGAAAAAUCUAUAGAAAUAAAAA